AUGGAUCGCGGAAGAAUGAUGCCGGCAGGCGUCGACGGGGUGUCCGAACCGUCGCGGACGUCGCGACGACGCGUCGCGACGACGACGGAGACGCGACCGCGCGCGAAUGAUGACGUGCGUUCGAACGCGCGAGGGAAGUGCCUGUGCCGCGAAGUGCUCUCCGCCGCCGCGUCGCGGUGCAAGGAACCAGCGAGCAACGCGUACGCCACGUACAACUGUUCUCGCGUGAGCGACAUUCUCAACGCGACGUCCGGGAAACAUCGAGCGUUCGGCAAGUCGCAUUGGAUAGACGGUGAAGCUCGCGUGAGCGAAGCGGUUCGGCAGAUGCACGCCACGGAUCUCGGCGCUUUGGUCGUCAUGGAUCGAAUCGCGCUCGACGCCGACGCCACCGGCGUCAUCAGCGACGAAGAGCUCGCGCUGUCGGCGGAGAACGACGCCAUCAUCGGCAUCUUCACCGAGCGCGACUACCUCAACGCGGUCGCCAAAGGCGUGAUCUCUCCGAAGACCAAAGUGAGCGAGAUCAUGACGGGGUUCCGAGACGCCUCGACCCAAGUGUCUCGCCUCGUGUGCGUCUCUCCCCAGGACACGGCGCUCGCCGCGAUGGAAUCCAUGACGACGCAUCGGCUUCGUCACAUUCCCGUCAUUUCGUCCAAGGGAAUCGACAGCAAAACAAAAACACCGAUAGAACCUCGCGUUCUGGGUGUUGUUUCGAUCGGUGAAGUCUUGAAAGCGCUCCUCGCGGAGUCUCGAAGCGAAAUCGAACACCUCGAGUCGUACAUUCUCGGACUCGAGUGA